AUGCACAAGAGGGCCUACAGUGAAUCGGGGGCCUUGUCGAAGAUAGCGCAAAGAGGCGAACGGGAAAAGGUCGUACAUAGUUAUGAACGGACACGCCCAGAGGAUGCACGUACACACAAACUAGAAAGCGUCGUUGUACGAAUAAAAAAAUUGGAAGAGAACGAAAGACCAACAUUACACGCAGAUCCAAAGGAUAAAACAAUUCUCUACUUUGACAAGGAUUUCGAAAUUGAGCAGUAUAAUUUUGACAUAGUAUUUGACGGAGACGAUGAUAAUGAAAAGGUUUUUCUAGAAAUAGGUGGACACACAAUUGUCCAGAACGUAUGCAGAGGAUUUAAAGAAACAGUCAUUGCAUAUGGACAGACAGGGAGUGGGAAAACUUAUACUCUCUUCGGAUCGAAUCAAGAAUUAGGGAUAGUACACUACUUCCUACAUCACCUGUACACAGUAAAGUGCAAUGACCACCGAAAGAAAACUAUAUACGUGAGCUUAUAUGAAGUUGUUGGAGACAAGUUGAUUGACCUCUUGACAAAUGUAAACGACAGGAACACUCAGUUCUAUACACAGGAUUAUUAUUUGAAAACCAUAAGGCAUUCCUACAAGGUGGUUAACAUCUCAAGUUUUGAAAUGGCAAAGAAAAUCAUCGACACAGCUUGUCUGAUGCGUAACGUAGAGGCCACCUCGCAGAACCGCAGGUCGAGUCGUUCACAUGCCAUCAUCCACCUUUUCGUGAACACCUCUGACUUCACCCAUCACGAUGGCGUGGAGACCACCCGAGACUACUACGGUGUCCUCACCUUCGUAGAUUUGGUGGGUUGCGAAAGGGAGGAGUUCAACACGGAAGGGAGCCAAAACAACAAGGAAAAAACUUCGACGAAAUUUCUGAAUUCAUCUCUCACCUCCCUCAACAAGAUGCUUCGAAAGAUGCAGAUGGGAAAUUUGGACGAAUCCGACAAGAGGCAAAGUGUUUUAUGCAAAGUUCUCUUCAAUUAUAUUAAGAAGACUUGUGGCGUGUGCCUCAUCUUUUGCUUUAACCCGAGGCAAUGCCAGAAGAGCCUGACGAGCUCCACCCUUAUCAUGGCAAGCCAGUGCAAAAAAAUAAAAAGCAAAAGAAAACAAGUGCUUUACGUAAAGACCGAAAACAGGGAUUACCCUUUUAAAAGAAUAACCCACAAGGAGUACGGAAAAAAAGAAGAAGGAAGUGGAAAACGCAAUGGGAGGAGUCCAUUGUCAGGUGAAUCUUAUCCCAGGACGAGCAAAAGGGAUUCAUCAAAGGAUACGUCGAUGGGAAAGGGCACAUUGGUGGUGGAGGAGGCACCUUCUAACGGAAACACGAUAAGCAACCCUAUAAGGAACAGCGUUGGAACCAAUCCCACGAUGGUGAUCGUACAGAUGGACGAUGUAAGAGACCACGAAAACGGAACGCAUGUCCUAACGUACAGAAAGGGAAAAGACAAACAUGAAGCACUUAAGAAACUGGUGUGUGAGUUGGUUCAUAUAAAUAAGGAGGAAGAAAAGGAAAAGGAAAGAAUGAUUCUGAAUCUCCAGAAGGAUGUGGACAGAUUAACGAAGGAGUGCUUCCAUUGGAAGAUGCAGGCGCAGAACUACCACAAGAAGUUGAUAUUGCUACAUAGGAAUUACGCAAAGAUUAGGGAAUUGCUAUUUAACACAUUACACAGUGGUGGGAAUGACGUUUCUAUCGGAACGUUCCGCUCAUCCACGUCGUGUUGUUCGUUUGCCCAGCUCGAUGAGGACAACUCCCCCCUUGGUGGGAAUAUAUAUGCACCAAAGGAAAGUAAGCACGUUAAGGAAGAAUCUGUUGCCUGGGAGAAAAAACAACUUACUGAAAAGUAUAAUCCAGUUAGGCAGGAAGAAGAAGUACAAAAAGGGGGCAUGCCCUCGUACCAAAAAAAACACUAUGGUGCAUCUUCUAGCAAGAGAAGCAAUCAGAGUAGUAUAUCCAAAGGCAUGAAUUCUUUUAUCGGAUUAAAGGAGGGAAAGACUCUAGAACACAUCGCUGAACACAGCGAUGGUGGCUACUUCCAUCACAUGGAUAAUGGAGAACAUUCUGAAGCAGACACGUUAGAAAGAAGGAGAGACAACAAGCAGUGGAACACACAGAGACAUGGGGGCUACUCAGGGAUGGGGGAAUCGUCCACAUACACACGGUUGGAAUGUAAGAAAGUGGAUUCUUCUGAACCAAGUGUUGUUAGGCUGAAUAGUGAGCAGGCCAUUAUAAAAGACAACAACUCAGCGAAGGUAGUACCAAUAGGGGGGAUGCAAAUGGAGAAAAAGAGUGAUGUCCCAAAUGCCAACGAUAUCACAAUCGACUCGCUUACAAGAAAAAUACGAAACCGUAUUUUGAAAUCGAGGAGCUUGUCCACGGCGGGGUGA